AUGUCAUUGGAAGGAGAAGACACGACGAACACCAUGUACACGCCGUUGUGGAGAAACACAGUUUUACUAGACCUGUACCGAGCCGUUUUUGGAAAUAUUUCCAAACUCAUGCUCCCUGAUGGAACCUUUAAAAUGGCCAACGAUUCAGACGAAAAAGAGUUCUCGCUAUCGGAUGAAAUAUUUCUGGCCAGGGCUGGGAUCAAUGGAAUCGGCGGCACCACAAUCGCCAUUUUCGGCAUCAUCUGCAACAUUAUCGUGAUCAUCGUCCUGGCGAACUACAGACAGAAGACGUCGGCGCCGUUUCUGCUGAUAAUCCUGGCCGUGUACGACACCGUCGCGCUGUUCUCCGAGAUGAUGCUGGAGACGCUGACGUUGCUGAGCAGGGCGAAGCUAAUCAGCCGGAGUUACCUGGAGGGGGUGAUCCCCGUGUACGUCGUCAUGUACCCCGUGCCGCACGUCGCACAGACAGGCUCCAUCUACAUGACGGUGUUGAUAACAGUGGAGAGAUUCCUCGCCGUCGUCACACCUUUCCGUGCUAUGAGGUACUGCAAUCGAUCAGUGGCUUGGAAGGCCUGUCUGGUAGUUCUAGCCUGGGCGAUCAUCUACCACAUCCCCAUGUACCUGGCGUACACACACUGGGACGGAGUCUGGUCGGACGAACUGAACAAGACGCGUAUCAUAUUCAACAGGACCGACUUUGGAAUCAGCUACUUCUACAACGAGGUCUACGUGACGUGGAUCAACUUCAUCUGCGACUUCCUCACCCCCUUCCUCGUCAUAGCCAUCCUCAACGUCCUCAUUCUCCGCGCCAUGAAGAAGAGCAAGGAAUUCAACCCUUGCGAGGGUCGCCAGCAGAUGAAUCAACAGAGAGACACGCGCAUGACCGUCAUGGUUUUGGCGGUAACCACAGUGUUCUUCGUCUGCCAGCUAUUCACCGCCGUGGCGUUUGUGAUGAUGAGAGGGAUGAACAAGUACUCCGACUGUUCCAUGGCCUGUAACAAUUUCACCGCCGUUGCCGAUACGAUGGUGAUGGUAAACUCCGCUGUUAACUUCAUCUUGUACUGCGCUGUGGGUAAGAAAUUCCGUGAGGUGUUUGUGCAGGUGUUCUGCGGGUACAGGCAGGCCAAACCUGCUGCCACGCAUCAAACGAAUUUGUCCACCCAGUCGCCUAGUUCAAAGGUGCGCGCCAUAGAAAUAAAUUUAAAACCCAGACCGAAUAUUAACCAGAACGUCGUCAAGAGAAACAUUCCAACGGAGUAG